UUUACAACUACCGGUACCAAAAUAUGUAAAUUUAUUGUUUACAUCAUCACCUACACACAUCUCUUCACACACACAAAAACAAAAAGAACGAUUAGAAACAUACAACACAAUGACAUUUAUCAUGACUCAAACAAAAUAAUAUACAGCGAAUGUGACAAAUUUACAAGAGAACAGUAGAAAUGCCGUUCUUCAAGUCGGAAGGUGUGAAGAUGCUGGAAAAAAGAGGUUAUGUUUUCCAGCGCAAACUGGGCGAGGGAGCCUACUCGAAAGUAUGGUUGACGACGAUGAUGCAUGAGCAGGAAGAUGGAAAUACUGCUGAGAAAGAUAAGGACAUGCAGCCGGUGAGUUUGGCUUGCAAGAUCAUCGACACGAGGUCGGCCGAGCGGCGAUUUGUCACCAAGUUUCUGCCCAGGGAGCUCGACAUUUUGCCCAAGCUUAAACAUCCUCAUCUGGUGCACUGUCAUGGCAUCUAUCAAGUCAAGGCUGUCUUCUACAUAUUCACCAGUUUUGCGGAGAAAGGCGACCUGCUCGACUACGUGCUGAAACACGGGCACCUUGAAGAGUCUCACGCACGCGUGUGGGCGAGCCAGCUGGCGAUGGGCAUCCACUUCCUGCACCAGCUGGACAUCGCGCACCGCGACAUCAAGUGCGAGAACAUCCUCAUCACGGCGCGCAACAAUCUUAAGCUCGCCGACUUCGGCUUCGCACGGUUCCUGUGCGAUGCGGCCGGAGAGUACCGACUCAGUCGCACCUUCUGCGGGUCGCUGGCCUACGCGGCGCCCGAGGUGCUCAAAGCCGACAAGUACGACGGCAAAGGAUGCGACAUCUGGUCGUACGGCGUGGUCGUGUUCGUCAUGCUCAACCAGGUGAUGCCGUUCCGUGAGCUGAGUGUCGACGCCAUGUACCUCAAACAGACGCGACGACAGUGGAAGUUCCGACCGGCGAUCGCCAACACGCUCUCCACAGAAGCCAUCAAACUGGUCAGCCACCUCCUAGACCCCAACCCGGACGACCGACACACUAUCGAGGACGUCAUCAACGACCUAUGGUUCCUACCUGUUGUUCCCCUCAUGACCGACAAAAUCAAAACGUCACUGAACUUCGCUCAAAAGAACCGACAAAACCUUCUCCCCGAAAGCGUCCGUAUCGACCUGCCCGUCUGGGAUCGCAAACACAACAAGGACAUAGUUCGUCUCACUGAGCUCACCUUCGAGCCACAGAGCGAGACAAUGGUGGUGCCGCCCAAAAAGCGGACAACUCGGGAGUUCAGUCACCUGUCUUUGAACUCGGGCAGCUCGGGGGGCAGACAGUCGCUGGGCAGUGCCAGUGCGUCAACUAGAGGCUCGUCGGUGCACAACAAUGUGAUGGAGGACUUGCUGCAGCGCAACGAGCUCUGUCAGCAGCCGGGCAGGGACAGAGAGAGCAGCGCUGAUGAUGACGUCACCGUGGAUCAGAGGAGGCCCAAUAAUGUUGGUUCUUAGAUAUUUCGAAUAGGAAGGUUUGAUCGGUACGAAAUAUGGGUGAUUUAAUCCUUGAAUAGGUGAUGGAAUAUGAAGAUUCUAUCGGUAUGAAGUGUGGAUAUUUUUGUACAAAAGGAAGGUUUUUUCGGUAUGAAAUAUGAAUAAUUCCUGUCCUUAUAAAUUUUUGAUAGGAAGGUUCUAUCGAUAUGAAGUAUGAAUAAUGUUGGUCCAUAGCUAAUUGGAAUACUACAGUAAAAAAGGUUUGAUCAGAAUGAAAUAAUAUGGUUAUAUUGCAUAGACCGACGUAUUCAAUUGCAAUGAAGUCCUUGAAUGAAAUUGUCAUUUCAUAUUUGGAAUAGGAAGGUCUUAUCAGUAUAGAAUAUGAAUAAUUUUGGCCCUUGGAUAAAUGAUUGAAAUAUAAAGGUUUGAUCUGAAUGAAAUAUGGAUCUAUUGCAUAGACCUGCUCAAUAUCGCAAUGGAGACCUACUUAUUUGCUAAAGGGAUGGAAAAUAUGACACUGAUGUUGUGAGAUUUAGAAUAAGGUUUAGAUCAGAAUCGACAUGACGGUGUAAAUCCUCGAUUUCAUCAGAGAUGAAGAAUGUGAAGAAGAAAGCGUAGUAAGAUUUAAUCGGAUCAGGAGGGACGAGAUAUAUCAUUUUGUUCUGCAUUGGAUUGGUGAGAGAAAUGGGAGACUAGGAUAUAUCAAAUGAAAAUAGUAUAUCAGUAAUGAACUCUUCAAAUAUAUUGCUAGCUAAUAGUUUAUUCCUAUUCUGCUGUAUACAUUAAAUUAAAUUAUACAAUGAAUGAAUUACUACAUAAAUACACAAAAUACAACUACAAAUACACCACUGGUCAACUACAUAAAUACAACAAUAAAACAUUAAAAUGGUGUGUUGUUUUAUUGAAAAAUAUAUAUUUAUCAUCAUUAUGACAAACAAAU